AUGCAUAUUCCCACUUCAACUUCAAACCUUUCAAACCCUUCUCAAACAAUGCAUAUCCGAAAGAGAUUUCUUAACUGGAAAAUCCCUCCACGCUUUCUACAUCAAGUUCUUCAUUCCACACUCAACUUACCUCUCCAACCAUUUCACUCUCCUUUACUCCAAUUCGGCACUUUUCCCAAUGCUCUAACCUCUUUCCACCUCACCAACUACCCUAACGUUUUUUCCUAUAACACCAUCAUCCAUGCUUGUGCCAAACACUCUCUCCUCCAUCUCGCCCACGAACUGUUUGAUCAAAUUCCCCAACCCGAUCUUAUUUCGUAUAACACCCUCAUUGCGGCAUAUGCUCGCCGAGGUGAGUGUGGGUCGGCGUUGAGGGUGUUUAAGGAAGUCAGAGAGGUUGGGAUGGAGCUCGAUGGAUUUACACUUUCUGGCGUGAUUUCGGCCUGUUUUGAAGAUGUUGGUCUUGUUAGGCAAUUGCAUUGCCUUGCUUUGUUGUGUGGAUAUGAUUAUUAUGCUUCGGUGUGCAAUGUGGUUCUUGCUUGUUACGGUAGAUUGGGACAGUUGCACGAGGCGCGAUGGGUUUUUCGAGAAAUGGGGGAGGACUGUAGGGAUAUGGUUUCGUGGAAUGCGAUGAUUGUGGCGUGUGGUCAGCAUCGGGAGGGAUUGGAGGCACUAAGGUUGUUUGGGGAUAUGGAGAGGAUGGGUUUGGAGGUUGACAUGUUCACCAUGGCUAGUGUUUUGACCGCAUUCACUUGCCUUAAAGAUUUGGCUGGGGGAAUGCAGUUUCAUGGGAAGAUGAUCAAGAGUGGAUUUCAUAGGAACUCGCGUGUUGGGAGUGGAUUGAUUGACUUGUACUCCAAGUGUGCUCCUCAUGGAAUGUUGGAAUGUGUGAAGGUGUUUGGAGAAAUUCCUAAAUCGGAUUUGGUUCUUUGGAACACCAUGAUUUCCGGAUUUUCCCAAUAUGAGGAUUUAUCUGAGGAUGCUCUUUUGACCUUCCGGGAGAUACAGCGUAUUGGUUUUUGUCCGGAUGAUUGUAGUUUUGUGUGCGUAAUUAGUGCAUGCUCCAAUUUGUCGUCUCCCUCUGUGGGUAAACAGGUUCAUGCAUUGGCAAUCAAAUCUGAAAACAGGUUCAUGAUGAAAGAAAAGUUUGGGAUUGAACCAGAAGCAGAACAUUACUCAUGCAUGAAAGAUCUUUUGGGUAGGGCAGGGAAACUCAAGGAGGCUGAGAGGAUUAUCGAGACAAUGCCAUUUAAUCCCGGUUCUAUUGAAUGGGCUACUUUGCUUGGUACAUGUAGGAAGCACGGAAAUGUGGAGCUAGAAAUGAAAGCAUCCAGUAAGUUUCUCGAACUGGAACCGUGUAAUGCAACUCUGUAUGUAAUGCUUUCAAAUAUGUAUGCAAGUGACGGUAGAUGGGAAGAGGUAGCAAGAUUGAAACGGCUGAUGCGUGAAAGAGGAGUGAAGAAGAAACCAGGUUGUAGUUGGAUCGAGAUAGAUAAGAAGGUGCAUGUCUUUGUAGCUGAAGAUACUUCACAUCCAAGGAUAAAAGAGAUUCACAAGUACAUGGGGGAGUUAUUAAGGAAAUUGAAGCAAGCAGGGUAUGUAGCAGAUAUAAGAUUGGCAUUGGUGAAAGAUGAAGAGGUAGAAGCAGAAGAGAAAGAAAGAAGGUUAUGGCAUCACAGUGAGAAGUUGGCGAUUGCUUUUGGUCUGAUCUCCACUGAAGAAGGUGCCCCAAUACUUUUUGUGAAAAAUCUAAGAAUCUGCGGUGAUUGCCACAAUGCUAUCAAACUUAUAUCAGUCAUUUCUGGUAGGGAAAUCACUGUUAGAGAUACUCGUCGGUUUCAUUGCUUUAAGGAAGGGCAGUGUUCAUGCAGGGAUUAUUGGUGA